CAAAAGUCACAUUUUUACAAAUUUAAAGAUUGAAGACAAUUUUUAAACCUUAAACUGUAAUUGUUAAACCUUACAAAUGUAUCAUGAAAACAAUAAUAUGUAUUGUGACAUAAUUUAUCACAAUAUCGAUUUGAUAUCAUCAUAUCUUCCAGUCCUCCUGCAUAGUAUUAAUCAGUCAAGGGCAUCACGGGACAUUUUAUUAUUUUUUAAAAAUGUUUAUGUUCCCCCAGUUUAAAUAUUGCCCGUACAUGUGUAUGUUCCUGCACCAAGGCUACUAGGCUCAUGCGGUAUAACAUUAGCGAGUUGAUUAGCUAGCUCUAUUAGUUCCAUUGGAUUGAGAAGGGUUACAGUGGAGAGUGGGUUUUGUUCCACUUCGCUUUCCCAGAAGCGUUUCUGUGCAGAUGUAAGUAAAGCGAGUGUUUGUUUCACUGUGCCGGAGUUCCUCGUUUUUAAAGACCGAUAGUUGCUGAUGUUCAAGAACAACAUACUGGGUAAGAGCUGUUAUUUUCAGUUGCACAGUGUUUUCUGUAGAUAUUUUCCCUCGCCUAGCUAGAAUUUGCUGAAGAGUCAGUUUCUCUCUGACUGCCUUGUGCUGAGUUUAAGAUGUUUUAUCUUAAGGUUAAGUUACUUGUAUUGCAGGAAGAUGCUUUAGUUCAGUGCCAGUGCCAUCAUUAGUCAUGAAAUAUGUCCAGAUCGCUGUCAUGUUGUGUCAUCUGUUCAUUUAUAUGACUAGUCACUUAGUGUCACCUGGUGUCAGAGGGGUUUUUUUUUUGUAUGAGUAUGUAAAAAUAAGCAUGGUACAGACAUAUUUGUGGUUAAGAACACUGUGUGUGUGUUUGCUGAACUGUUGAAUCACAUACAGAAAUAUCUAUGUGUGAAGUGGUGCUGAGUGUGCUAACUCAUGCAGUCAAGUCAAGUCAAGUGGAGAUUCUAGUCAUUUCAACCAUAUACAAGUACAUAGUGAAACGAAACAGCAGUCGAGCCGAAGUGUGUAUGUACUAUUGUGUGUUUGAUCAGAUUAUUCUUUGAGCAUGGUGCGUGCAUCUGUGUAUGUGUAGAUAGAGAGCUUGUGCAGACUAGGGCAGAUGCAGAGCUCUUUUCUUUAUCUGUGCUCCUUCCUGUGGGCUGCAGAGGCGGAGCAGACGGCUCUUAGAGGGGCUCUCGCUCAGCGCUGCUAUAGUGCUGUAGACCGCAAGAACAAUGAGGGCCUAAAUGUGGCGCUUCAGCUAUUUCUGGAGCACUCAGCACAGCAUUCCUUAACAGCAGGCCGAAUUUCUGCAUUUAUAUGUUCUGCUUGUAGACUGAAUUAAAGCAGUGUAUAGGAAUCUGAGUGGUUCAUGACAGAGACACAGUGUACACCCAGCUCCAUGCGUAUCACCUCGAGUCAUCUCAGAGCCAGCAGGUGAUGAAAUAGCAUAGUGCUUGACAUCUGAUCUGUAGUUUUGCUUGGGGAAAUAACAGCAGCUGAUGAUGGAAAGCUUGCAGUAUGCCAGUGUAAUAUCACACACAGUUGUAGGAAGAGGAAUAGGAUGAUAAACAGGCAAUAAAUACGCCUCUCUUCUUCUGUCCAGUGCUAAUCCAAGGCAGUGUCUCAAAUCACUCUGUAGAUCAUGUAUUAUGUUCUUUUAAUUUUAGUGUCUUCUAGUGUCUAAACAGAAGUUACAGCUUGCCAUGUCGUAGCUCAUGUUAUUGGCCACACAUCUAAAAUGUCCACCUUAAACUUUUUGCUCCUCAUUUGCGUGUCUUGACCCGGCAUUCUCACUACUUGCGUCAGCCGUUUAGAAAAAAAUCCAAGCACCCUUGCCCUCUGUCUUCUUCCCGUCCACUGUGUAGAACAAUUGCAGCUGCUCGUCACAGUAGUCCACUAUAUCUUGUUAAAAGUUCCCAGUCUUGCCAAAGAUAGCCGAGUUUGAUCACCGCUCAAAUAGCUCUGAUUUAGCUCAUCAAAAAGACCCGUUAUCAUCAGAAGAUAUGUUGGAUUAGGGCUGAAACUAAAUGAGACAUGGGUUAACUCCAACCCAGCUGUUGUGAUGCUCUAACUUGUUGAGCAAUUUACCAAAAAAAAAAAAAAAAAAAGGCUGUGUCCUUUCACCUAAAGUAAUUUUUUCACUUUGUGUGCUUGCAUGGGAAGUCUGAUUGUUUACACUUAUUUUAGAGAAUGAUUAUGCUUUCUCAGGCCUUAAGUCCACUAUAUCUCUGAGUUUAUGCUAUGACUACUUGUACACAAGAUGGCUGCCGUGUAUAUCCUGUGUUCCUUUGGAGCUUUUACGUCCAUAACAGACAGAACAAACUGGAGCCGUGUCACAAAUCACAUACUUGCAUGUGUAGAACGGUGUUCUAGACCGUUUUGGAGUAUUAGUACUAAUUUUACUACAGUGUUCAGUGUUCCAUCAAACCUACCGAAAAGGUUUUGUGUACCAGUCUCCUGUGAGCACUUUAAAGUUAGGUCAUAGUUUUUUAAUCUGAGACACAGCUCGCAUGUGUCAGAAUGGUACCGAAAUUGUUUUAGCGGUCGACAUGGAAACCUGCUGCACGUUUGUUUUGUUUGAGGUGCAUCUGGUGGACGUCAUUUUUUAAAUUUGAAUAUGAAUAAAGCCACUCCUGCGUCCGCAUGCGUAAUCACGCGUCAAGUAUGAUCCAGGACUAAAGUGUGUAACCCAUACGCAUGCUUUUGGUUAUUUACUGGUACGUCCUGCCUGCUUUGCUAGAACGGGCUAGUAAAUUAUACAAGCAUUUAACCGAAUGAACAGUUGAAAAGUCUGUGAAAAGUUGUCCUUGUAGGCUUUAAAUCUAAUGUAGGGUGGUUUUCUUUCUGCAGUUGUAAGAUAUGAAUAGUCACUUUGAAAAGCACCCAGGGGCAAGUUGCAGCAGUAAAGUCUGAAGAUGGCGAGAACCUGAAUAAGCAGCUGAGUAAAGUGUGUGGGAGAGAAGUGGUUGAAUUCUUAUUCAGGAGAAACCUGCGUGUCUCAGUAAGCAAUAUGUGUACAACGAUUACUGAUCCUGGAGUUUUAUCCAAUUUCAGAGGGAGUUUUAAUCCAUAUUAUAGUGUAAUAAUAGUGAAAAAGUAUAGAAAAAAUUCAUACAUAGCAGUGUUAAUAGGAUUGAAUGUUAGUUUGAAUGCAGGGAGGUGAAGGGAGAAGGAAGAGCUCUUCAAGUUAAAACACAUCGAUCUUGCCAUUUAUCCCCCAGCGCUUCUUCUUAACAAACCUCUCAGUUUUGCAGGGCCACCAGGAGAACGAGCUGCUGUCUCUUUAAAAAAAACAAUAACUGUCUGUCUGCUCGUAGAGCUGCUCGCCUAUGCUAAUGAGGUUAAUGCUGGUUGGUUGGCGCCCAGUGCCCGACCCUUGUGAUUGGCUGGUGUCUGUGGGGGAGGAGCUGGGUGUGGAUGACAGCUGGGUGCCUGCCAGGCAAAAACAGCCUGACACUGAUUGUGAAGGGUGGAGAGAGAGUGAUAGAGCGAGAAGACAGGCGUGCUUACUUCAUGAUGCAAGGCAUUCGCCCACCCAUCUUAAACGGGCCCAUGCACCCUCGUCCUCUGGUGGCGCUCCUGGACGGCCGGGACUGCACAGUGGAGAUGCCCAUCCUGAAGGACGUGGCCACUGUGGCCUUCUGUGACGCUCAGUCCACUCAGGAGAUUCACGAAAAGGUUCUUAACGAGGCUGUAGCUGCAUUACUAUAUCAUACCAUCUCACUAUCACGAGACGACCUCGACAAGUUCAAAGGGCUUCGUGUCAUUGUGAGGAUCGGCAGCGGAUUCGACAACGUGGACGUUAAAGCCGCAGCAGAGCUUGGUAUCGCAGUGUGUAAUGUGCCAGCUGCGUCUGUGGAGGAGACGGCAGACACUUCAAUGUGCUUGAUCCUGAACCUGUACCGCCGGGUCACUUGGAUGCACCAGGCCCUGCGUGAGGGCACUCGGGCCUCCAGCGUUGAGCAAAUCAGAGAGGUGGCAGGAGGAGCCGCUCGCAUCCGAGGAGAGACGCUGGGCAUCAUUGGCCUCGGACGUGUUGGCCAAGCAGUGGCUUUGAGGGCAAAGGCGUUUGGUUUUGGGGUGAUUUUCUACGACCCAUACCUGCCAGAGGGGGUAGAAAAAUCACUGGGGCUCCAGCGCAUGGCCACGCUGCAGGAUCUGCUCAUCCACUCAGACUGUGUGUCCCUUCACUGCAGCCUGAACGAACACAAUCACCACCUCAUCAACGACUUCACCAUCAAACAGAUGCGUCAGGGUGCGUUCCUGGUGAACACAGCCCGAGGGGGACUGGUGGAUGAGAAAGCUCUGGCUCAGGCACUGAAAGAGGGCAGAAUACGCGGCGCAGCUCUGGACGUCCAUGAGACAGAGCCCUUUAGCUUCUCACAGGGGCCUCUAAAGGAUGCCCCUAAUCUGAUCUGCACCCCCCACACAUCCUGGUACAGUGAGCAGGCCUCCAUUGAGGCGAGGGAGGAGGCAGCACGGGAAGUACGCAGAGCCAUCACAGGUCGUAUUCCUGACAGUCUGAAGAACUGUGUGAAUAAGGAGUAUCUGAUGGCAGCUUCCCAGUGGCCCUCUAUGGAGACUGCCUCUGUGCACUCUGAGCUCAACGGAGCAGGAUACAGGUUUCCGGCAGGUCUGAUUGGUGUAACCCCGGGAGCUCUGCCUGGUGCAGGGGCAGGAGUAGAAGGCAUGGUGGCAGGCACGCUGCCCCUAGGCCAUCCCCUUGCCCCAGUCUCACACCCACCACACACCCCCUCACCUGGGCAGCCAACCAAGGCAGAGGCUGACAGAGACGUCCCUUCUGACCAAUAGCAUCCCAACACAUUCCAUCGUUGCCCCAGCGAUGCCCUUUCCCCCUUUUUUUAGGGCUCAAUCCAUGCUGAUGCCCUGCUUUUGACACAACACCUGGGUCAAUCCAGUCAAACAGAACACACAAGUCCAGAUGUGACCCACUCAAAAACAUUUCCCCCAACUUCUCCUUCCCUUCCUUUGUUGUUGUAUCCAUUUAUUUUUCCACCUGUGCAGCAAGCAAUAACUCUUUUUCUCAAGGAUUCAGUAAUUGGAUUGUUUUUGUUAGAAUUAGAAAACCCCUUUUUAUUUUUUAUGCCUUUUUUGAAUCUGGACUAGUUGGAGUUUGUUUUUGAGUAGUGUGUCUUCUACUUGCCUUCUGUCUGUCCAGCUGAUUUAACAGUAUAGUAAAGAAGUUCUUUUUUUCAGCCUCCCAAGCAUACAUUUGUGAUCCUCCGGGGUUUUUUUUUUUUUUUUUUUUUUUUUUUUUUUUUUUUUUUUUUGAGCGGAGGUUUGACCCUUGAAGCAAAGUGGAAAAGCUGGCUUAAGUCAAUGAAUUUCUUUUUUUCCACAAUUCCAACGGACAGCUAACAGUAGCCACACCUUUGACAACCGGAUUAGAAUGAUAAGAGAAACAAUGUGUCAUCUGUCUGUGCCUGACAGUAACUCUGUGGUGAUCUUGGACACUUGGGGUUCCACUUUUCCCUUCAUGUUGAGGACAUCAUGUGCAUCAUGUCCAUACUCUUCUUCUGAAAGAUGACUGAAGGAGGACAAACUCUCUCAUUUCCUGUAAAGCUUGUUGGGUAUCUGUUCAGUCAUAUGCUUCACUGUAUCAGUAAUGUAUGGAUAAAUGACAUGUAGGUCUCUGUAAGAGCAUCAUAAAUAUGACGUUUGUGUACAGCUUUUUAUUGACGUCUGAUCACUUUUCCACUUCUAAAGAGUGAAAUCUCCUAGACUUUAACAGUGUAGAUGUAUGAGAUCUCUAUUUUAUGUGUGUGCAUCUCUGAACUUCGCAAUGAUUUAUGAUUCUCUUAUAAAGACCGUGUGCUUGGGAAUAUUCAGUAAGCUGUGUCUUUACACUUAAUCUAUCAUUACUUUCACUGUUAACUUUAUGAAAACUGGGGGAAAAAAUGGAAGCACAUUUUCAGGUGUCUUAAAAGACCGGUGUUCCACUUGCAGAUUUUCACGUUGCGUUAAAAGUGUCAUGAUACUUUGCUCCUUCUUUCUUUUUUCAGGUGGGAUUUUAUUAUUAUUAUUAUUAUUAUUAUUAUUAUUAUUAUUUGAGACUCCUGCUCUCUUCUAAAACAUGCACAUAUCCUCCACCUUGAUAUGCCUAGCUCCUUUGUUUUUCGUAAUCUUUCCGUACUUCCUGGAUGUGCCUCCCUGGGUGGUUCAGCUUUUUCACAAUGACCUUUGUUCAUGAUUCUCUUUAUCUCUGAUAGUCCUUCCUUCUGCUCCUGCUCUUCCCAUGACAUCACUAUGUAAGGAGCCAGGCUGUUCUCACCCUGUCAGGAGCUUAAAUGAAGAUGAGAUCUCCUAUACACACACCAGGCACACACACACUAUGCGUAUACUCAUCUAAGGCUGUUGUCUUGAAUAGCUUCUGUUCAGCAAGGGGUUUGCAGACAUGCAAAGAUCUUGGGUGGUUUUUUCCCUUCAUCCUUUUCAUGCAGAUCUCUGUAGUAACAUGAUAUGGCCAUUAGGGGUCAAUGACAGUGUACUUCUGAGUCCAAUCUUGUCUCAGCCUUUCAUUUCACCUGCUGUACUUCAGCCAUGCAGUUGUCCUUGCUCAGAUGUGAUCAGUGCUUUUGUCAAAUAAGGCAUUGUGCUUUUAGAGAGGGAGGCAGGCAGGACCAGACUGCAUCACUCCAUCCAUCAGCAGACCGCGUGGCUGACUUCCAAAGAUUCAGAGCGGAGCCGUGGUAGGCGCGCAAUCUGUCCCUUUAUCAGUCAGAAGUGAAAACCUCAAGCCAACAAUGCAGAUCUUAUCAGUGUUAGCUAUUUUCUUUUUUGCCUUCUCCUCCUGUUUUGUUAAACCCAACUUUGUACCCAACAUAAGGAGCCCAGUGGGGAUUGGGGUGAGGGUUUGGAUGGAGCUAGUUCACUGACAAACCAGUUGUUUUCCAAAGGGGGGGUUACAGUCAUCCCCCAAGAUGAGUCUCUUGUAUGAAAAGUGUUCUGCGUCAAGGGAAACCGUUUCUAGUACCUCAGUAACAGAUAUUGAAUGUAUGAGCUACUUGUUCUUUGCUUUGUACAGCUUCUUUUUAGAUUGUACUUUGCUAUUUCAGAAACCAUGGAACGAUGGAACCAUGUGGAUGUGUAUUUGAGCUUAGCCAACACAUCUAACAAGGAUAUGCCCCUCCUUAGAAUCCAUAUUCUUUAGCAUAGACUAGCAUCUGGUAGUUUGAGUUAGAUUUUGAAUCGCAGGCUUUAAUUUUAGAGCUUUUCCUGUCUUUGAUUCGUUAUGAAUGAGCACAAUUCUGCAUCGCCAUUCAUUUUCUGUAGGGAGUGUAUAUGUAUCCGUGAGUUGUAAGAUGGAUUUGGGGUCUGGUCUUGAAUAAGCUAGGUGAUAGUACAUUUGGAAAUAAACUCUAAUAGAAUGGUUUAAGAACAUUGCAUAGAUGUUCAUUGUGGCAAAGAUUUUACAUAAUCCUGAAUUAAAUCUCUCUCUCUCUUUUUUUUAAUUCUUGAAAAAUCCAACAAAGAUCAGAACUAAACUAGUUUUUGUGCAUAAAAUGUCUGUUGCUGUGCAAAUCUUGCUUUUUAAUUAUGCUUUUCUGUCUGGUUGGCCCUUGAUUGACUGAUUAUUCUCAGGAAAUAGUCUGUCACUCAUGUGAGCUUGAACCAUGCCAUGCUUGUUUUGGUAAUUUGGUGUCGUCUGAUGUCUCCUCUUCUGUCCUUUCAAAAAGUUCUAGCUAUACUCUUCAACUUCAACUUUUCUUUUCAUAUCUGUGAUAUUUUUGAACGCUAUAAUUUUCUUCUUGCUUGAACAUCAGCAGUGUGUUUUUGUAUUAUUCAGUGUUCUACAUGUUGUAUGGAAACAUUUCAAAAAGACCUCUUCUUCCCCGCAUUCACUUUUAAAGGUCCUUUCCAGCAGCUUGUCUAAAGGGCCGUUGGUUCCAGGUUUUUUUGGGGUUUUUUUUUUUUCGCUCGACUAUAGUAGCCUUAAAUUCAUACACUAUGGUGGACUUGGUCACCCACCCCAUCCCUAACCUGUGUUCUAUAUAAAGAGAGGAGACAUUACUCUUUAGCCAUUCUGUGUUAAAAGUUCACAGCUCUGUGUGCUGGACGCGUAUUUUACAGAGAACCUGACUGGUUUUGAUUUCAAGGUGUGAAAUCGGCUCUCCUCUCCCCAAGCCCCUCUCUCAAACCUGGAGUUAUCGCUACAGCCAGUCCACGAAUAGAUACAUUGGGUCUGGAACAGUCACUUUCUCUCUCAGGGUUCAAAAUGCACACACACAUACACACACCCACCAGGAGUCUAUAGGUCACUCCUCUCUGAAACUCCAGCAUGAAGAUCAUUCAGAACAUACUCCUUACAGUCCCUUCAAGCUAAGCUGUGUCCCCUUUUUCUUUCCCUCUGUUGUUUUUUUUUUUUUUUGCAUAUUUCUCGCACUGACAUCUAACAAUGAAAGAAUGAAUGUUUUAAUUGAACUGUGUGUAACGUUGAACUUGGGAAAUGUAUUUUUACAACAUGAACUUUUUAUUCCUUUCUUUCACCACCUUUCUUUUCUUUGUAAAUUGAUCCUCCUCCCAUCACCAGACUGCAAAAACUACAAAAAGAAGAAAAAAAAAACUUGUAACUAGGCUCUUAAGCUUUACUUUUUGCUUUUGUUUUCUUUUUUAUAUUAGAAAACAAUCAUGUUUGUGAUGGUAACUUCUGAUGGUAAAUUCCACAAGGUAUUUUAAUAAAAUCCUAAAGAUUA